UGUCGUUAGGUUGACGGACGGUGCAAGGUGCUCUAGCUAGAGACGCUCUAGACACUCACUUAAGUCUCACUCAAGUUUUACUUAAGUCCUACUUAAGUCCCACUCAAGUCUCACUAAUUAUCCCUCUUGUGUGCAAGAACAUUACAACAUCCAGGAAUUUGUGAAUCACUAGGACAAGCAAAGACAGAUUUGGAGGAGAUAUAUUGUGUUGAUUACAGGAGAUAAUAAGUUCGUGAACCCUCCGCUGCCGCGCUGCUGUGCUGGGGAAUUUGGGAUUAAGUCUGCCGUUGGACUGAUUACGACUGGCGCCCUUUCUAAUUUAAGUGACCUCCAACACACCCAAAAUGUCGUUCAUAGUCAACUUUGUUGUAGACACCUACACGGAUGUCAUGGAGAACAGAAGUGAUCCCAGAGUGAAAGACUGGCCCCUUAUGAGCAGUCCAGGACCCACCCUUGCCAUAGUGCUUGUCUACGCGUUCUGUGUAAAAGUGGUCGGACCUAAACUCAUGGAGAAGAGGAAACCCUUCCAGCUCAAGAACACACUCAUCAUCUACAACCUUAUACAAGUCAUAUUCAGCUCGUGGCUGUUCUAUGAGGCAAUCGUAGCCGGUUGGUUCAAUGGAUACAGUUUCAGGUGCCAACCAGUUGAUUACUCAACAUCUCCCAAGGCUAUGAGGACGGCAGCUGGAUGCUGGUGGUACUUCUUCUCGAAAUUCACGGAAUUUUUUGAUACUAUUUUCUUUGUGAUGAGGAAAAAGAACGAGCAGGUGUCUAGGCUGCACGUCAUCCAUCACGGUAUCAUGCCCCUCAGCACAUGGUUCGGAGUCAAGUUUACUCCAGGUGGCCACAGUACAUUCUUCGGUAUGUUGAACACUUUUGUGCACAUUGUGAUGUACUCCUACUACCUUCUGGCAGCACUUGGUCCCCACAUGCAGCCGUACCUGUGGUGGAAGAAAUACCUUACCACCAUGCAAAUGAUCCAGUUUGUGUUGGUGAUGGUGCACGCCUUCCAGUUGCUCUUCAUCGACUGUGAUUACCCCAAGGCGUUCGUCUGGUGGAUCGGACUCCACGCAAUCAUGUUCUACUUCCUCUUCGCCGACUUCUACAAUCAGACCUACAAGAAGACCAAGGUGGUAGCCGGACCUUCGAAAAAGGACGAUGACGCUCUGACAAACGGCUCAGCCAAUGGCAAGGCGUCUCACGCCUACCAACAGCCCGAGAAAUCCAUGGAGGCCAGCUACACCGCUCACGAUAGUCUUAAAAACAGGGCGGCCUACGUCAACAACCAGAAAUAAUACAGCAACCUACAAACACCCCAAGUAGCUUCAAAUUUAGAGUGAACAAACGAUAAAGUAUGCUCUAUCUUUGUUCAAAUUUUAAGUAUAAACAAACUAUAAAGUAUGCUCUAUCUUUGUUCAAAUUUUAAGUAUAAACAAACUAUAAAGUAUGCUCUAUCUUUGUUUAAAUUAAAGCUGGUUUUACACCAAAGUUAUAAACAAAAAUGUUAAUUAAUGUUGAUAACAUAAUUCUUAUAGAUUCUAUUAGAUUGAACGGAACUUGACAAACAUAUAUGUUCAUCAUGUGUAUGAUAAGUUAUGUUCAAUCUAAUAGAAUCUAUAAGGAUUAAGUUAUUAACAUUUUGUUAUUAACUUUGGUGUAAACGCAGCUUUAGAGUAAUAAACGAUAAAGCAUGCUCUAUCUUUGUUGAAAUUUAGAGUGAACAAACGAUAAAGCAUGAUCUAUCUUUGUUCAAAUUUAGAGCAAAUAAACGAUAAAGUAUGCUCUAUCUUUGUUUAAAUUUAGAGUAAGCAAACGAUAAAGUAUGCUCUAUCUUUGUUUAGAUUUAGAGUAAACAAACGAUAAAGUAUGCUCUAUCUUUGUUUAAAUUAUGUGGAUUGUGUGAGGUAGUUGUUCGGAUUAUACCUUAUAUUUUCUUUUUCAUCAAUUACCCUCACUUGUGGGAUCGAUGACGUCAUAUCACAAUAAAGUAGGGUUUACAUUAGUCAAGUGUAUUUUUAGGUUGUACAAGUUUUUUUUUCAACGUUUGAGUCAAAUGGGCGAUUUUGAAAGCUUGAAGUCAAGUUUACUUGAAAUCAAGUGUUCAUAAUAUCCUGAGUAAAUAAUUAUAAAAGUAAAAAAUCUAUAAACUAUCUCAUCUAACUUUUCUUGCAUCAUACUUUUAUUCUUUGUUGUUUUUAUACAUAUCUUACUUUGAAAAUGUCCAAGUCUUACAAUCUACAGGUUUUUGCAAAUUCCCAUCAAAUUUCCAUCUAGCUGUUUACCCUGUUGUCAAUAUUUGCAGUAGCAGAAGUCUUCGGGGUGAAUUACAGCCUUUAAUUUGGAUUUUCGUUUAAUAAUAGUGACAAUCUAAUUAUCAAAUUCAAUUCAAUUAUUAAUUGCAUACUAGUUUCAAUUUUUGAUUGGAAAUCUUAGAACUGACACACGACUGUCUUACUCUGUAAGAUAUUAUUAUUAAUAAUAAUUUGAUUAAAACCCAUGUAUUAAAGAAAGGUACUAAUAUUUGUACCAUAUAUUUUUAUAGAGAUAAAUAAACUGAUAAAGAAUUGCAGUCCAUUUGUACUUUUCAGUACAAAUGUACUGAAUAUGGCCUCUACAUUUUAAUAUGUAUUUGUCCUAAUAUUUGUUUGAAACAAAAUAUUUCAAUUUAAAACGAUGUAUUCUCGUAUAUGAUGAAUUUAUUUAGAUGUGGCUACAAAAUCAUUCUCACCAGAAAACGCAUGAAUUUGUAAACUAUACUAUAGUUUAAUCUAAAUUCAAAAUUUAUAGUUUUUCAUGUUUAUUUUGUACUAAAAUUUUAUAAAAAUUGUACAAGUGAAAUUCUAACCUUAUCUUGGACUUUGUCACCUAUAAAUUUGGAAGAAAAAUAGCAC